UCGGACCUGAGUCUUCUUUCUCAGCCUGAAUGGAAGAAAGCUUGGGAAAACAUAACACAGAAAAAGUGCAAGUAAGCAGGCAUCUACUGUCAGGAGGCAGUCACGAUGGAAUUGCCCCAUUUAUAUAUUGCAAUUUUACUUUUGAACAUAUUUGAGCUUUCAUCGGGAAUAAUAUAUAAUAAAGGUGAUAUGGAGAAACACUUUGUGUGUGCCAGCCAAAGGAUCCCCCAGAAGAAUGAAAUAAUCAAGUUGUAUCUUUCCUCAGAUGACUUGAAAAUCCACUGUUUUCUCCAAUCUGAAAGUGAGCAUGCAGUGCAGAAAUUUCUAGCUGUGUUCACAUCAGGAGGACUCGCUCCCAGCUUGGGAAUUACAAAUAGUACAUAUACUGGCAUCUUCCACUUUAACUUAACUUUGUUCAGUGAUCGAGCUUACUGGUUGAUUAAAAUUCCCAGAGAAAACAUUACAAAAAAUACAGAUAUUGCAGCUGUAGAAGAAUGGUAUGUAAGGAUCACAUUACAACAGGGAUUAAAUAUUUAUACUACAGAAGGAACACUAUUGGAUAAAGUCCGAGAACCUAUUCUUCAGUGGAAUCUCGGGGCCAAAAUGACAAAGAACAGUAUCAGUGUAGUGUCUCAGUAUGCAGUGGAUCUCAAAGUGGCAAAAUGCCCCUGUGCCAACGAUGUAGCACUACUUGGCUUCGUUUUGAAUGAAACAUACAAUGGUAUUUACAUAGGCCUCAGUUUUUCUGGAUUUUGGAAUUAUGAUGAUACCACAUGGUAUAACCUGACAGAUAUGGUCUAUUCCCAACUUGGAGAAGAACACACCAAGCUUUCAGUGGUGGAUAUGGUUUUAACAAAUCACUUUUUAGUUCUCCUCACCUCUCUGGGUCUUUUUGUAAGUGAAGAUCUCCGUUAUCCAUCAUCCUCUGCCUUAACGGUAUGUGAAUUGCUUUUAAAUACAUUCCUAUUGCAGAAAUACAACUCAGUCAAUAAUUUAAAAACUCCAAGAAAAACCACCACUGCCUCUGUGACCAACCUAAAAAAUAACAAACCUGGAUUAAGACCAAAAUUUCCACUUUUCGUAUUUCCGCCAUCAUUCUCUCCUGUCGGAAUGGUAUUCCAUCCGCGAAGCCAUUUUCUGUAUGCUUACGGUAACCAGGUAUGGCUUUCAGUGGACGGCGGCAACACUUUCGAGCGUUUGGCGGACCUUCGUGAUGAUAUCAUAAAGAACACUUACCACAGUUUUUAUACUUCAGAUAUUACUUUUGUUUCCCAAAGUGGACAUGUUUACUCGACAAAGGCAGGAUUAAGAAGAUAUAAUAAAAUCGGAUCUAUUAGUGACAAUAUUUUCACAUUAUACUAUGACCACAUGGGCUAUAUACAUAAACUGACUCCAGACCGUUUUGAAUCUGGUGGGUCAUUUGUAGCCUUUGGAAAUUCUAAAGGUAUUUUUAGACAGGCUCCUGAUAUAGGCUUUGAAACUGCACUUGCGCCACAGUUCAUCUCUCCAAAAGAAAUGAUCUUUUCUGCAUACGUCCCCCUAAACGAAUCUCAACAGACUAUACACACCAAGCAAUUCAGCAGCAUCCACAUGGGAAAAGUGAUCUACUCCAGGAAAACUGGAACAGCUUAUAUAAAAAAGGUGUUACAACAUAACACUCCUGAAGGAUUUUUGUCCUCUAUUAUUACUGAAGUGAUAGACCCUUUUGGAAUGGAAGAAGAGAAUGAGAGCUCCUGUUUGUCCAGUUCCCUUUCCAUUACUCAAGCUGGAAAUGCCACCUAUAAACUCACUCUUCAGUCACAAACUCCAGGUACUAUUUCUUCAUUUCAAGAUCUGGAUGUAGAGAAGACAGUGGUGAUUCCCGGUUACAGCAGCUUCCUGAUCAUAAGCGUGUUAGAUGACAAGAAUGUGGUAGCGAUUGCUACCAGGCCUACAACGGCACUCAACAAUAUGACCUUCCCCAGAGACUCCUGGUUCUUAUACAACCUCGGGCACAAGAAUGGGCGAAUGUGGAAAAUAUAUGCAAAGCCAUGUAAUUACUGGUUUCAGCAACGUGACACCUCCCUAUCCCUCGGUGUCCUGAAACACAUUGAUCUGGGGAAAUCCUACACUGUAGAAGUUAAGGUCAUACCUAAUACAAAAGGUAUUCAAAUACUUGAAAUACCACUACUGACUGUCAUUGCUGGAAACCCACAUUUGUUAGAAGUUAAAGCUGAAGGAAUUUUUGACAAGACUGACAGUUAUUUAGUGAAAAUUUCAGCAGCUAGCUACGCUUUACAUCAAGGCUCCACCUCAUUGGCGUUAGUUGUCUGGGGAGCAUCUACUGAGUGCUUCGUCACAACAGUCAUGCUAAGGUUGAAAACCAGCUGCAGUAACCUCAAAUCUAUGCAUCACAUUUGGCAUGAGCAUAUCCCACUGGAAGACUGGAUUAGUGGCAUUCACAAAGACAGGCACGGUUUCAAUAGGAUCAAAACUUUGCCGGUCAACUAUCGGCCACCAUCUAAAAUGGGAAUUGCCAUUCCACUCACAGAUCAUUUUUACCAUGCGGACCCUAGCAAACCCAUACCGAGAAAUCUCUUUCCUAAGUCAAAGAAAUUUGGUAAAUUCAAACAGUGCGCAAACGCUUCUACUCGGGAGGAAUGUAAUUGCACAAAUGAUCAGAAAUCUUCAGACGCUAUUGCUUUCUCAGACUGCAAAGAAAAGGUUCCUCGUUUUAAGUUUCCAAUUACACAAUAUCCAAUUUCUUUGCAAAUUUCCAGUGAGGAUGGACGUAUCCCAGUGGAUAUGCCAUAUCUGCUUACCGUAACUGAAGUGAACAACAGGGAAAAUUGGAAACUAGAACACAGUGUACCAGAAAAUGUAAAAAAAUUGAAAGAUUACUUAGAACCACGUCUUCAUGCUCCCGUGUAUAAUCCUAUAGGCCUCAACUUAAGUAUAAAGGGCUCGGAGCUUUUUCACUUCAGAGUGUCCGUUGUUCCAGGGGUCUCUUCUUGUAACUUAGUUGAAGAAUUUCAGAUUUAUGUUGAUGAAGUACCAUUGCCAUUUCCAGGACACACACUUAUUGCUGUUGCGACAGCUGUAGUGCUGGGGGGAUUGAUUUUUGUAACGUUUAUAUUUCAAAUACGUAACAUCCACCUAGAUGAAAUGUGCCGAAAUUGUAUGACAACAAACAAAGAGAACAUAUCAAAUAUCAUCAAUCGGCUGCCUAAUAGAUGAGCAUCUGAAUAGCGAACAAACGAUAACCACAGUUCUCUCUUUAUUUCUUGGUUUUAUUAGACCAUUCCUAGAACAAUAUGUGAAUAUGAUAAUGGAUAGAAUACUGCAGAAUUACAAUUCAACUUUCUAUUUGUCAAUAUGUUUGCCAUUCAAUUUUAUUUGAAAUACAUGGAAAAUUUCUCUUUA